AUGGUGGUGGACACCAGCAACAAUAGCAACACGAAGGCACCGCGCGCCCUGGACGAGGGCAGAAGCGUGAUCAACACCGUCAGCAGCAACAAAACCAGGGGAGGUACUGCGCCUAUUCAGCAACAUCAAGGACGGCAGAGUCGUGACCGGUUUGCUGCAAUUCAAGAGAAAAUCAACCAAAUGUCAGUAAUGAUGGAGACAAUGCAGAAGGGGCACGAGGACGAGCUGAACGCCCUCCGGUUCUAUCAAGCGGACGAGUUGAAUGCAAUGACAUUUCCGGAGAACAUUAACCGCGGUCAGAGCGCUAUCUGCGAUGACCAGCCCUGCUGCCGACAGCGUGUCGACUGCGUCAAGAGUGGCUACCGCAAUGAGAGAUUCGGCAGCACUACGAGCGCCACCUGCGACGAGGUAGAUACACUGCCCACCAAAACCCGAACUGCAGCCAAUCCAGCGAGUGAUGAGCCAUUAGUGCUGAGGAAGGAAGAAGCAACAUUCAAGCAAACAGACGAGUCGACAGGCAAGACUACGCACGUGGCGACGACCCCUCUCAACUUACUUGUCUUCUCGACUACGCGUGUGUGCACGCACGAGUUCCGUGUGCCUCCGCAGUUAGUGUACCCUGUGAUGUUGGGGAAGGACCUCUUCUCGGAGCAAGGAAUCGACCUCUUGUUCUCGAGCAAAGUGGAGAUAUCUGUGGCGGAGGAUUGCGGUCCCGUGGACUACGACAACAUGAUUGACGCGCGCAACCCGACGCACGACGAUGUGCUUCUGCUGCUAGCAUUCGUGAAAGAGUUUCACGAUGUUGCAUCUGGCAGGCUCGGCGAGAUCAAAGGCGAGCCGUAUGAGUUACCGCUGCCCCACGAAGCGAAGCCAUUCGCUUGUCGGGCGUUUCCUGUCCCGCAUAUCCACCUUGCCAAGCAGGAGAUUCAGAAGCUCGUGAAGCUUGGAGUGAUGUCGCCGGACAACUCGUCGCCUUGGGCGUCUCCUGCUUUCACUAUACUGAAGAAAGAUGGAUCAAUUCGACUGCUGCGUGACUUCAGACGUCGAAAUCGUACCUUUUCAAGUAGGGAAAAAGUGUUUUUUUCGCUGAACGGCCAAGCCUUCGUGCGUCAUGACCAAGCCUCGACGAUACGACGCGCCUCGUUGCCGCGUGGCAAGAUCGGUCUCAUCCUCGCCGCUCAUUGGGCCAAUCAAGUGUAUCGCAGAUUCUUCCCGAUGCCUGUCAUCCCAGAGAUGCUUCGUAAGUUCCAGCGCUGCAAGUUUAUCUCUGUCUUCGACGGCAAGUUUGUCUUCAACCGACUGCCGAUGGGGGUUUCCACAACUACGGACGAAUUUCAAGCGGUGAUGAAUGAUACUUUGGGCGACUUGGAGUUUGUCGGCUUCGUGAACGAUUCAUCCGCGCAAGUCGAAACCGUGCACGGACAGCGUGUCCUACCUGGGGGACCGAGCGGUAUUCAGCCACUCCAGGACAACGUGGCCGCCAUCCAGUCUAUCGCUGUACCGCGCACGCGACGUCAACUCCGUCGCUUUAUCGGCAUGGCGAACUAUUACCGCGACAUGGGGCCUCGCAGAGCACACAUUCUCGCGCCGCUGACGGCUCUGAUGUCCCCGCAGGACAAUGAUGGCGCAUACGUCAUUACUCAGCACAUCCGCCCUCUAGCGUUCUGGGGCAAGAAGUGCAAUGAGUCUCAACGCAAAUACCCUGCCAAUCUCCUCGAGCUGCUCUGUAUCCUGCUGCUGCUACGUGAAUAUCGGGCGAUGUUUUUGGUUCAAGAGCUCCAUAUCUACACGGACCACUUGAACCUGACCUACGGAACGUUCAACAACAUUCAGAUGACGCGCUGGCGCCUCGAAGUUAAGGCGUUCGGCCCCCGCCGUCACUACAUCAAAACAACGUCGUCGCGGACGCGUUGGCGCGGUUGCCUGGCAAAGCGGGACCCGACCUGGGGUAGGGUGAAGCGGCUGCCCAAGUGA